AUGCCCGAUUUAAAGCCCCUGUGUCGGCGCCUCGGCCCUACGGCGCAUGCGUUAGGCGACCGCGCGGGUGGGCUCGGGGCGUGGCGUCCUCUGGCCCGUUCGCCGCAGCGGGGCGCGGGUGCCCGCCCGAGCGGCGUCGGGUCGGGCGUGGAGCCUGUCCCAGCGGCCGCCGGCGGUGGUCGGCCCGCUCGCCGUGCCGUGGCGAGGCGGCUGGACGGCUGGGGCGGGCGGGAAGUCGUUCGGACCCGUCCGGCAGCUUGUGCAGACCUGAAGCCGUUGGCGCUGGGGAUUCAGCAUUUAUCAGAUGUGUUUCUCCUGGGAGAUGCCUCCUGCUCAGUUCCGGUGGACCGGCUGGAAGUCAUGAACAAACAGUCCGUGCGUGUCAUUCCCGCUCCCAGGACUUCGUCCGAGAGGUCCGUGCGGUUUGACGUCGGCAGUGUGGACAGCUUUGAGUGCAACCUGGAGACCGCCCACUGGGAGCCGGGCAUCGACCCCCACCAGACGGCCGUGGUCCGCACCAGCGAGAGCGGGCCUCACUGCUCCGCUGGUUUUGCUCUGCUCGCAGCUGCAGCGUCCGCAGUGGCACAGGAGUCUCUACGUCGGUUUUUAUUGAAGAGAGAAUUGCUGAGGGGAAGGCUGAGCCAGGCGGCCGGAGAAAGGCUCUUUCUUGCAAACCCUGGUACCCACCCUUCUCCUGGUUGGCAUCCUCUGCCAAUGUCGUGGUGUUGGCCUGGCACUUACCACCCUGACGUCCUGGACCCGGCCGCGAUGCGGCCUGGCCGCUUUGACCGUCGGAUUUACAUUGGCCCCCCUGACAUCAAAGGCAGGUCCUCUGUCUUCAAGGUCCAUUUGCGUCCACUGAAGCUGGAUGGGAGCCUCAGCGUGGACACCCUGGCGAGGAAGCUGGCGGCCCUCACGCCCAACUUCACAGGCGCUGCUAUUUCCAGUGUCUGCAGUGAAGCGGCCCUCGUUGCCACCCGCCACCGGAGUCCUUCUGUUCAGGAGAAGCACUUCGAACAGGCCCUUGAGAGGGUCAUGGGAGGUCUUGAGAAGAAGAUGCAGGUCCUGCAGCCCUGUGAGAAGGUGACAGUGGCCUACCACGAGGCUCGCUCUGUGGUGCCGGGCUGGUUCCUGGAGCACGCGGACCCCCAGCUGAAGGUGUCCACUGGCCCCCGGAGUGAGGGGCUUGGCUUCGCCCAGUGCCUGCCCAGGGAGCAGUACCUACACACACAGGAGCAGCUCUUGGACUGUGUGUGCGCCCUGCUGGGGGGCCGGGUCGCCGAGCAGCUGUUCUUCGGGCGGGUCGCCAUGGGGGCCCAGGACCACCUGCGCGGGGUCACCCAGAGUGCCUACGCCCAGGUGUGCAGUUUGCGAUGAGGGCGAGGCUGGGGCAGGAGUCCUUGGACCUUCUGCAGCAGGACGAGGCGCUGCUGGAGAAGCCCUCCAGCGAGGCCACCCACCCAGCUCAUGGAUGAGGAGGUGCGGGCGCUCAUCAGCACCACCCAUGCACGCACCCUGGACCUGCUGUCUCGCUGCCGGGAGCAGGUGGACAAGGUGGGCAGGCAGCUGCUGGAGAAGGAGGUGCUGGAGCGGGCGGACAUGGAGGAGCUACUGGGCCCCUGACCCUUCUCUGAUGAGACCACUUACGCGGAGUUCGUGGAAGGCACAGGCGGCCUGGAAGAGGACAUGUCCCUUACCAUGGGGCUAAAGGGCUGGAACCGGGGACAGGUGAGGGACAGCCUGGAGCAUCACGUGCAGGAGAGCCCAGCCGAGCGCCUGGGCUUGCAGGGCAGCCUCCAGGGUCUUCCGAAAGCAAUUAAAACACACGGUGUUUUUAGCUGAGGGUCUUCUGCGCUGCAGGGAUUCCUGCCCCAGAGCACUUUCUCGCUGUUCCUGAGGCAGACGGGAGGGCAGUGGCAGCAACCCACCUGCCCCCUGGGGAGGCCUGAAUGUGGGAACCCCCUGGGCCCCUGAGGAAUCGGGUGGUAGGCUUCUCUGCAGGGCCAGCCGCUCGGUGGGGAAACCUCGCUGCUGGGCCCUGCACUUUAACUGCCCCAGGGGGAGAGGGAGAGGGGGCUUUGGGCCCAUUCAGAAACAUCAACUUUCGGGCGUUCCCCUGGAGGCUCAGCGGAAGCGAAUCUGACUGGCAUCCAUGAGGACUCAGGUUCAGUCCCUGGCCUCGCUCAGUGGGUUAAGGAUCCGCUGUUUCCGUGAGCUGUGGUGUAGGUUGCGGGUGUGGUUUGGAUCCUGUGUUGCAGUGGCUGUGGUGUAGGCCGGCAGCUGCAGCUCUGAUUUGAGCCCUAGCCUGGGAACCUCCAUAUGCCGUGGGUGCGGCCUUAAGAUGACAAAAAAAAAAAAAGAAAAAGAAACAUCACCUCUUGGUGAGGCAGCGGGGUGAUUCAAAGGUAGUAGCUCUCCGGGUUGGUGGAAGGCUUGCUGGUCCUUAGGGAGGGGCCUUGACCCCUCCCGCAGGGCUGUGGUUGGGGAGGGUGGGGGCGGAGUCUGGGCCCACGCACAGCCCUGGGGGGCACCCUUCAGAGUCCCCCCUCGUUCUCGAGGUGGGGCCUGUCUCUUGUGAUCCCUUAGGGUUGGAAUCUGAGAGAGGGAGGCCCUGUUCCAGGUGAGAGGAGCCACCCCUGGGUUGUAACCAAGGUCUCGGGCCCAAGAGCCCAGUGGUCUGGUCGGUCCCAGGGUGCCCCGGCGACCCAGGCCCUGGGAGCCGCGUCGGGGCUGGGAGCCUGGGCUUCGUGGGAAUGGCUUCUGCGUUGCCGCACAGGCCAGGAAUCGUCACAUGGUGACGGUCAGUGGCGCCUCGGGUGGACGUCUGGGCUGACUGCUGGUGGAGGGAGCCUCGCAGGGACCCAGUGCUGGCUUGGUCAAGGCCAUGGGCUGGAACUCGAGGACCGCGUUUCCAAAUCAUUUGUCACACGUGCCUCAAAAACAGACUCUCUACCUUGGGAUAAAACAUGUUCAGCCCUUUUGUUUGUAAAA